GUUUAGUUUGAUAGAAAUCGUAAAGAAAUAAACAUCAAUUAGAAAGGCAUAAAUACGGACAAAUAGAAGGAUAUCAACCACGCUUGCAGUCGCGUUCUAGAAUCCUUUUGCCAUUACUGUUGUUCCUAGAGCAGUGCAUGUGGUAACUGUAGAUUUUCACAUCCUGGAUUUAUUCAUGGUUCAUGUCAAUGCCUGACAAGACAAAGUUGUAUGGCAUGGCAUGGCGGUGUAGAGAUAAGCACAGCCGAUAUUCAGAAUACUUUUGUGACAAUUACGGUGUAGUAGUGUGUCGUCAACUCUAGAAUAAGGAAAGAGCGUCUGUUUAAGGCGGCAAAAACAGUCACAACAAAUCGUAAAAUUUUAUUACGCUUCUUCCCUCCGUCAAGGCCGUUCAACAGCUUACUAUGUAUUUCCCUCGAUGGUCCUAAGCGAAACCUGCUGAGAAGAUUUUAAGUGAUCGGUGAAGUGUUAUUAUUUAGAUAUUUGGUUUGAUGAAAAUAUUAAUUAUGGAUUGAAUGGUUCAUAUAGUGUAAUUUUAUGUACGGAACAGUUUUGAAAUCUAAAACUGCCACAUAGAAAAUAGAUAAAAUAAUGUUAUUCUUCUUAUGUAGUUCUGUGACGUGUGACUAGUCAUUACAUAUAUCUGACUUAAGUGUUAUAUUAAAACAGUGCAAUCAUUUAAGCUAUUCUGUGUGCGUGAUUUACUAUACGUGCGGUGCAUAAAAAUGAACACAUAUGUUCUUUAACUGUACGAGUAUGGUACAUAAAUAAGCAAUAACGAAAACUUAGUGGAUCUAUAUAGUUGAAUACAUGUGACAAAAACAGUGCUUUUUAAGUGAAUAUUGAAUACUAGAGUAAAAAUUCAUGCCUAAUACAACAAUUUACAGAUCUUAAAGUAAAGAUCUUAAGUUCAUUCGCAAAUUAUAAAAAAAUAUGAUGCCAAUGUAGUGUGAAGUAUCAAAAUUUUAUGUUAACAAACGUUUCAUGAUUAGAGCUGUACUAGAAAAAUUUCCAGACCAAUAACCCAGGAAAUUGGAAAGUGUUUAGCUGCUGUAUAUAGACUGUUUCACUCCAUGUAGCAAAAACUAAUUAUCAAACCAAAGAAACGAUUACAUUGAGCUUAUCUUAUCAAAGAUAUUUGAAUUUGACAUCGUCUAAUCAUCAAAGCGGUCCCGUCAUACAGUAGAACUCAAUAAUCCACACUACAGCUUAUACAUAGUAGUAUGCUAUGUAUAAAUGUGUUUUGAUGACCUGACUUAAAUUACUGCUUUGAAGCUUGAAUUUAAGUUUCGUCGAUUGUAUUUUUGUUUGCUGCUCGCCUUCUAUCCAUAGCUCCAAAGCCAAAGAGCAUCGUCAUUUGGCAAGCACAUAGCAGAUCAACAAUAAAACAUGACUACAACUUUAUCCAUCUGAUCGAACGAAUUACAACAACAUAAAAUUGCGAAACGAACAACCAGUUAUGCUCUGAUAAUCACUCUAAUAUUUGCGUAUCCACGAAUUCAUUUUGGUACAGCUACAAAAGGUUCAGGUUGCUUUUGAUUACCAUUGUAUAUGCGUUUAGCUAAAGAUAGCUGAAAAAGUCCUCACCUUUUGAACGUGUUACGAUACAUUUACGUUACGAUAUAUUUCGCUACAGCGAUAAAAAAUCAUCUAUAAGUGCUCUUGGCGAUAUCGCGUCGAUUCUUGAAUCAUAUGAUUGGAACAUCGCAAACACCAUUCAAUGACAUAGUUGGUGAUCGAAAACACAAUCCAUUAGUAGCCAGUUCUCUCUUGGAACAUUCACGAAGGUAUCAGUGUUGUUCGAUAGGAUUCGGUGGCCCCAAAACCAAAGCGACGACUGUAUAGCUACGCAUUUUCAUGUGAUAUCUUUUUGUAUUUUAUGCCACCAAUUGUGAGCAAGAAAUUAAACAUCAAAUUCCACAUAAAUUCAUGGAUUUAUGAUACUCAUUUGCCCAAUGCGACACACACAUUGGUGUAGCUAACGGAGCUAAGUUGUCUGGUCAAAUAAUCGUUACUGUCAUAUUCACUUGCAAAUUUCUCAAUCAGUCAGAUCAAUCCAAAGACAAAAGCUAAACAUUCACCAUGACUAUGAGUACAAAUAACUGUGAAAGUAUGACAUCAUACUUCACAAAUUCCUAUAUGAACUCAGAUAUGCACGGCCACUACCCGGGGACGGGGGUGGACGGCCUGGACACGAGUCAACAGAUGUACAGUCAUCAUAACCAAGCCCACACGAACCAGGCAAACAUGCCACCAUAUCCGAGGUUUCCUCCCUACGAUCGAAUGGGCUACUAUCAACAAACGAUGGAUCCAGCGGGAUACGCGAGGGCAGACAGUCCGUCAAGUCAGGUGGGUGGCGUGAUACCUCCUCAAUCCAACGGCAAUCCGUUACAGCAGACGCAAGUACAACCCCAGCAACAGCAACCUAUCGUUUAUGCGAGCUGUAAAUUACAGGCUGCCGUUGGCAACGGUCCAAAUGGGCUUGGUACGUAUGGGACCGAGAAUGGGUCUCCUCCGCUGGAUCAGAUGGGGCAUCAUAUGGGCACAGCACAAAUGACAAUACCUCAGCACCAUAUGGGUCACUCGCAAGGACAGGAAUGCUAUCCUGAACAAGUACAUCAAACCCCACAACACAUGGCAAUGUAUACGAACGCGGGCGGAGGUCCACCGGGUGUAACACAGCAGCAGCCAAAUAUGAUGCAUCAGCAACCUCCUCCACUCCAUCAAGGACAACAAGCUCCGCCAAAUAGCCAAAAUGCUAGCUCUGGUCUUCAGUCGCCUUUAUAUCCUUGGAUGAGGAGCCAGUUCGAACGAAAACGUGGGCGGCAAACUUACACCCGUUAUCAAACCUUGGAACUGGAGAAAGAGUUUCACUUCAAUCGCUAUUUAACACGACGACGAAGAAUUGAAAUUGCACAUGCUCUAUGCUUGACUGAACGCCAAAUCAAAAUCUGGUUCCAGAAUCGACGAAUGAAGUGGAAAAAAGAAAACAAAACCAAAGGUGAACCGGGCUCGGGUGAUGAAAAUGACAUGACACCACCGCAGUCUCCAGCAUAAAAACGGCACGGUACCGUCGAGAAUCGUUCAAAGCAACAAAAAUUACUUCUCGCACCAAACACAAAUAGGAGUAACUGCCGUCCGCGUGUUAGCAGAUAAUCGGAAUCGAGUUCCUCCAUCAUUAAAAUAACGAUCUAGGAUCAAAAAUUUGAGUCUUCGCAGUGACAUGAAUACAAAACGGUGUGUGUUUCAAGUGUGUGUUACUAUUCUUUUGCCUAUCGAAUUAUUUGAGCUCCAAUACAAUCAUUUUAUUUACAUACAUGGUGGUUAUGGUUUCGUAUUUGAAAUUAAUCACAUACAUUUAUAAUCUCGUUGUACUAGCUAAAGUAAGCAACACAUCAAAUAUGAAUUCAUUCGGAUCAUGUAGCGGUCAAUCAAAUGUAUUUUGGGCAGAAAAAUAUUAGGAAUGCGCGAUGUAAUAAAAACAACUUAUGUGACCUCAAACUUAAUUUUAAAGACAGAACUAAACAAUUAUAAGAAUUGACUUUCAUACAUAAACACGCAAAAUGGCCAGCAGGUCGUUAAAUUACUACAUAGAAAUUAAACAUAAACUGUUACUAGUAGGUUGUACACUAUCAAAGAAAACAAAUUGUGUGUACAAGGAUUUCUAAUAAACAUGGACUACUCUAACAUAGUAGUUCCAAUGACGAUGUGUAGUCGAAACGAGGUCAUAGAAAAAAAUCAUCAUGGAAUUGUAUAAAGAAAGGUCAAAUCAGAGUAUAAAAAAGGAAAGAACUGGGUUAACUCAUAUGAAUGUACAAAAUUGCGUCAGUGACCGCAACCAUUUCUCUUAGAGGAAUAUGGAUUUUCAUCCAAACGUUGUGGUGCGACUAAUUAUAAUUAAACAAAAAGAGACAAAUGUAUACAAUUAUAUUACAAAUAUUGUGAACAAAAAAGUGAAAUACGCAUAAUUUGAAUCCAGAAAAUUCAUCAUCUGAAUAAUGUUGGAAAACUGAUUCGAAAACUGAAAACAUAUAAGAGAGAAAACAAAUAGUCUGCUUGGUCCUCAUGUAACAUCAACAAACAACUUGCAUUACCAAAAACAUGGAUCACAAUUAUAUGAAUUCGAUUCAAAACUUCACUUUGAUUGUCACAGUAAAAAAGAAAAAAAAUCAAUAGCUGUGAUGCUCUUACGUAAAACAAUGAAUCAAACAUGUGAAAUUCGAACCAGUUGCUGUGUAUUGGAAUAAUAGGAUCAUAUUGUAAAUGUGACAUUGAGUAAAGCAAACAUCGUUUUAAUUCACUAUUACAGUGACGAUUCGAAUUUCUGUAAGCAGAAUGGCUCAGAGUACAUAGCAUAAAGCAUUAGAAAUAUGUUGUCUAAUUCUCUUGAACUACAUGUUUUUCUAAGCCACGAAGAAACAACAACAUUUCAAAGCAAGAACCCCCAAAAUGAACUCAUACCAAAGUCAAUAGAAUAAUUAUGUUUUUUAAGCUCCUUUUAUCAGCAUCAUAGUUUUCAUAGUAAUCAUCAGCAAUUCAUGAGUUUUUGUAUUCUGUUCAGCUAUUUGCAAUACCCUGCAAUUCAUUGUUUGUUUGUUUUUUUUCUUCAUGAAAUGUUUUACUGUUAUUGUAUCAGAACGACGUAUCUAGAAAUAUGAACGUAAUUUAUUAUCAUGACAAGCUUUAGUUACUCGCUCAUUAAACAAACUAGUAGAACAAACUGGUAACAAGCUAAAGUGAAUACACAAACACAAUGACAACAUAAUUUUAAAUGUCUCAAAUAACAAGAAAAAUCCGAAUUAUUCCUUAAGAAAGACAUAAUAAAACACCCAGUGGAAUAAUAGUUAAGGAAAAUGGAAUCUGGUCAAUAUUCUCCUUCGAGAUGAAUGUGCAUUAUAAAUAAGUGCACCAUUGAAUAAAUUUUGGUAAUUUACCGUCUCAUGCUAGGCGCCUGAGACCAAAAUGAUGAAAAAGGAACCCGUAACGUUGUAUACGAUUUUGUACAAAAAUCUUACAGUCGCUAUUUACUGUGCUAUUUAAAUAGUAGAAUUUACUUGACACUGAUUGUAUACAUUUUUUUUAAAUUACGUUUUCAGGAUAAUAAGAAACAUAAUUGGAUGGGUUAGAGUUUUUAUCAUCUCACAUGAAUGUGUGAAUCUGUAAGUUGCAGGUAAAUUUAUUUUGUUGUGAUAUUAUGGAAUUUAAACUUUUCUACUUGUCUGCCUAAUGUUGGCACAAUGUUCAACUCAUCAAAAUCAAAACAUAAGGGAGCAUUCAGAAGCCUAAUUUCCAAAAAACGAAUAUACGUAAACAAUGAUACAUUGAAAGUAGAAAAGCAAACCGAAAAAUAACAGUAAUUUAUAAAUAUAACAAGAUUUGGUGGUUUGAUUUGCGAUCGCCGUUCUGAAAAAAGCAACAAAAACAAAUAAAGCAAGCACAAAAAUAAACAUAAAAACUGUUAGCCUUUAAGGGACUGUGUAACUGUAAAGCAAAACGAAAUGAUAAUAUGUAUCUUGGAUGAUCGGAACAAACUCUAGGAAGUGUUUGUUGCCAUCGUUUUGUUUCUUUUUUUUUUAGAAAUAGUAGCACUAGCUGCGCCCAAGUGACAUGAAAAUUGUGGUGACAUCUCUGAUUGAAAUAUGAAAGUGGAAGUAUGUAAAAACUGUUUCCGUAACAUUUUUUCCUUCAUGUAAUUGCUGCAAAAAUAUCAAGAUGAUAAAAGGGGACAAAAUCUACAACAUUAUUUUAGCUUGAUUUUGGAAGAAACAGUUUACCAGGAGUUGGCCGAAAGAAAUUGGAUGUAUUAGAUGUCCACAGAAUUUAACCAUUUAGCAUAAGAGCAGAAAAAGCAACCUUGCAAAGAAGGUCCAGUAAUUUACUUAUUGCUGGUACACACAAAAUUCAAACAGUAACAGCAAAUACAUGUCCCAUCCCGUGAUUGACACAAAAUUUAUCACGUGAGCACAACAAGUGAAACAAAGAAAAAACCAACAAAUGUGUAACUAAAUUUGUACAUAAAACUAAGUCCCGAAGGCAGCCAGAAAGUAAUAAAUGCGAAAAACAAAA